AUGGCAAAAGUCUCUCACCGAACAGUACACCCACUCGCACCAGAGAGCGUUAAUCGCCUCUGGGUUUUUCCACAGAAGAGCGCCGACCUCACCCCACGCACCCACUCUGCCAAUCACCUGGCAGCAACUGCCAGUGAUCCAGAUCCACGCAUCGCCCCGAAGCUCAGAGCGGCUCCGUGGGAGAGGAACCUCACUGAGGGUACCCGUCCCAGAGUGGUACGUCGGAUUUUCACCAACAGUCGAGAACGAUGGCGCCAGCAGAACGUGAAUGGUGCAUUCGCAGAGCUGCGACGUCUCAUACCCACCCACCCCCCAGACAGGAAGCUCAGCAAGAACGAGAUCCUACGCCUCGCCCUCAGGUACAUCAGCUUUCUGGACCAUCUACUGACUGAGCAAGACCUCAGCGGGGCCCCACAGAGCCAGGCUGUGAGGCUGGAGGAGGACAGACUGCAGGGGACGCCAUCACCUAACUCCACCUGCGAGAGUUCAUCAGAGGGAGACUCUGAUGGGCUGAUGGGGGAGCAGAGGCAGCUCCAGUACCAGCAGGUACAGCUGAGCAGGUCGAGCAGAGAUCAGCUGAGACUGUUUCAUCACUCCAGAUGUGAAAGCCCCUGCAGUCUGGGGUCAGACUGAUGCUCCUGUGCUCCAGUUCUGCUGUUUGUCGUCAGUCAGCUGAUUCAGCCUCAAACACAAAGAUGUAAACAGGGAACACUAACAAGACAGAAACCUUCGUCGUUUACAAGCUUUUCGUCAGACAAUGCCUCUGCAUUAUUUCUGACUGGUUUUAGAAAAUCACAAAAAUGAUACAGGACACUUCAU